AUGAUUCAAACAGCUUACAAGGAAGCAUAUCGUCCACAGUUCCACUUUACACCGAAAACCAACUGGACCAAUGACCCGAACGGCUUAAUCCACUACAAAGGCGAGUUCCACCUCUUCUUUCAACACAACCCAUCCGGUAUCGACUGGGGCAACAUGACGUGGGGACACGCUGUCAGCACAGACCUCGUCCAUUGGAAGCAACUCUCGCAUGCCAUCCAUCCAGAUGAACUCGGUACAAUCUUCUCCGGUUCUGGUGUCGUAGACUGGAAAAAUACGGGGGGUUUCCAGACAAGCGACGAGGCGGUGCUCGUCAAUUUCUACACAUCUGCAGGCAGCCACGCCCCGAAAGAGGUGCCGUUCACACAAAGUAUCGCUUACAGCAACGAUCGCGGACGGAGUUGGACAAAAUAUGAAGGGAAUCCUGUGAUUGGGCACAAUCGUCGGGACAACCGCGACCCGAAGGUGAUCUGGCACGAACCGACGCAAAAAUGGGUGAUGGCACUCUACCUUGAUCAAAAUGACUACGCCCUGUUCGGUUCGACAAACCUUAAGGAGUGGACACGGUUAUCCGACUUGGAAAUCCCGGAUACAGAAUGCCCUGACAUCUUUGAACUUCCUGUUGAUGGGGAUCCCGAUAAUACCAAAUGGGUUUUCUGGGGUGCGGCGGGGAAAUAUUACGUUGGUAAUUUCGAUGGAACAACCUUUACACCGGAAGGCGACGCACAACGCUCCAACUACGGUGCCAACUUCUAUGCAGCGCAAACGUGGAGCGAUGUGCCAGAAUUCGAUGGCAGACGUAUUCAAAUCGCUUGGAUGAGUGGCAGUAACCCACCGGAUAUGCCCUUUAACCAACAGAUGAGCUUCCCGUGCGAACUAACCCUUCGGACGACUUCAGAGGGUAUACGUCUACACCGAGAACCGGUCGCAGAGAUCGAAAACAUCCACACGUAUACGCACGCGUGGAGCGACCUUCCACUCAAACCGGGUGAAGAUCCGCUUGCAGGAUUGACAGGUGAGUUGUUCGAUAUCCGUGCGGAAAUAGCCCUGAACGAUGCCACCGCCAUUGGUUUCAAAAUUCGUGGGCAGGAUGUCCGUUACGAUGUUGCAUCUCAGGAACUAACAUUCUUAGAAAAGAGCGGACCCCUCGCGCCACGAAAUGGGAAAAUCCGCUUGCAAAUUUUAGUCGACCGUAUCUCUAUCGAAGCAUUUGGAAAUGACGGUGAACUCUCAAUGACGUCCUAUUUUCUCCCAGAUCUGGACAACGCGGACAUCGGAAUCUAUGCGGCGGGAAGUCCAGCGACAUUGGUAUCACUGAAAGUGCACGAGUUAAGAUCUUCGUGGGCGUAA